UAUGCAAAUUAAAUGGCAUCCAAAGCUGUCUUCCUGAAUUGUCAAAUAUGUUAGAAGAAAUAAAGCAAAGAUACAAAUAAAAGAGUCCAAUAUUAAACAGCAUCUGUGAUAAGUCCAUCAGCAGCACUUAAAAUACCAUCACUGCAGUUGGCUGUCUCCUCUAUUCUCAUUGCUAAAGCUUGAAACCAGAUUUUUCCCUCUGCUAUUUGCAAUCUCACCUUCCUUCAUUUCUUUUUUAUUCCAUUUCAAAGAACAAAACAUGGCCGAACUGGGAGGAGCAGUUCUCUCUCCCUUCGUUCAAAUAUUGUUUGAUAAAAUGACAUCUGGCGAGUUUGUUGAUUUUCUAAGGGGGCGAAAACUAAACGAUGGGCUCUUGAACAAGUUGAAAACAAUAUUGCUGUCUGUUGAAGUUAUGCUUGAAGAUGCUGAGGACAAACAAGUUAUGAAUCCAAGCGUGAGAAAGUGGCUUGAUGAGCUGAAACAUGCUGUCUAUGAUGCAGAGGACGUCUUAGAUGAGAUUGCUACUAAAGCCUUACAAUCUAGGUUGGAUGCAGAAUUUGGAACCACUACAAGUAAGGUACGAAAUAGCAUCUCUACAUCACUUUUUUUCAAUAAGAUAGAAGUAAGCAUAAAAGAGGUACUUGAGAGAUUAGAAAAUCUGGCAAGUCAACAUAUUGUCAUGGGUCUCACACAAGGCACCGUUCGAGGGAAACCAUAUGAAAGAUUGCCCACCACUUCUUUGGUAGAAGAAACAGAAAUUUAUGGAAGAAAUAAUGAUAAGGAGCAAAUAAUUAAUAAGUUACUCUCAAUCACAGAUGAUGCCAGUGACAAUAAGGUGAGUGUGAUUGCCAUAGUCGGCAUGGGGGGAAUGGGCAAGACCACCCUUGCUCAAAUUGUAUACAGUGACAAGGACGUCCGUGAGCAUUUUAACCUUAUAACAUGGGUUUGUGUUUCAGAGGAAUUUGAACCUUGUAGAGUAACGAAAACAAUUCUAGAUGCUGUAACUUCGUCGACCACUAAUAUUGAAGAUCUGAAUCAGCUUCAACUUCAACUAAAGGACACCAGUAAGAUUGAAGAUCUGAAUCAGCUUCAACUUCAACUAAAGGAGAAAUUGAAUGGAAAGAAAUUCCUAUUCGUUUUGGAUGAUGUUUGGAAUAAGAAUUAUAACGAUUGGGAGAUAUUAAGCAACCCCUUUAAAUAUGGGGCACAAGGAAGUAGGAUUAUCGUAACAACGCGAGAUGAUGAGGUUGCAUCAGUCAUGCGCGCUUUUGCAACUCAUCAUGUCAAGAAGUUACCAGAGCAGGAUUGUUGGUCACUGUUUGCAAGACAUGCAUUUCAUGAUGCUAACUCCAGUGCACAAUUAGAGUUGCAAGAAUUAGGUCAAAAGAUUGUUAAAAAAUGUCAAGGUCUACCUUUAGCAAUCAAGACAAUUGGGGGCCUAUUACGGUUUAAGGUAGAUGUUCGUGAAUGGGAGAAGGUGUUAUGUAGCGAGUUAUGGGAAUUGUCAAAUCACGAAACAAACAAUAUUCUUCCUGCUCUAAGAUUAAGUUACAGAUAUCUCCCAUCAUAUUUGAGACCGUGUUUUGCUUACUGUUCAAUAUUUCCAAAAGACCAUGCUUUCAAGAAAGGGCAAUUAAUUUUAUUAUGGAUGGCAGAAGGUUUCUUGCAUGCAACGGAAAAUAGAACAAUGGAACAAAUUGGUGAUGAUUACUUCGGCACUCUUCUAUCAAGAUCAUUUUUCCAAAGAUCAAGUGAAGACGAAUCACGUUUUGUAAUGCAUGACCUCAUUAAUGAUUUGGCAAACUUUGUAUCAGGUGAAUUUACCUUUAGGUUGGAAGUUGAUCAUGAUCGUUCUCACAAAAUUUCCGACAAGACUAGGCAUUUUUCCUACGUCAGAAGUCAUGUAUUAAUUGAAACCUACAGUAGGUUCGGGGCUCUUGAUGAGUUUAAGCUGUUGCGUACUUUCAUAGCAUUGGAGUCGUCACGAAUGUCCAGAUUUCAAUUCUUAUCCAAAAAAGUCCCCCGUGAUUUAUUGCCAAUGUUAAGAACUUUGCGAGUGCUUUCUCUGUCUCACUAUUCGAAUUUGACUGAGUUGCCUGCGUCCAUUGGAAAAUUGAAACACUUGCGCUAUCUGGAUGUUUCUUAUACACGACUUACAAGGUUGCCUGAUUGCUUAUGUAAGUUGUGUAAUUUACAGACAUUAAAUUUAUCUGGAUGUGAAAAUCUUAUUGCACUGCCAAGAGAUAUGGAAAAGCUCAUCGGUUUACGUCAUCUUGAUAUUACUGGAACUGUUAUCAAGGAGAUGCCGGAAAAUCUAGGUAAACUCAAAUGUCUCCAGACGUUGACCAAGUUUAUCAUCAGUCAACGCAGUGGAUGUUGCAUUGGAGAGUUGGGGAACCUUGCAAAUCUUUGGGGAACACUUUCUAUAUUGGAACUCCAAAAUGUAAAAUCUCCAAUUGUUGCCCUGGCUGCAAACUUGAGGGAUAAGAAGAACCUUGAGGAGUUGACAUUGGAAUGGAAUGCUACUGCCAAAACUUCUGGAAGUGAAAGAACUAUACUUGAGAGUCUUCAGCCCCAUACAAAUUUGAAAAGCCUCACAAUUCAAUACUACCGAGGUGAAAAUUUUCCAAAUUGGAUAGCAAAUCAUUCAUUCUCUAAGAUAACAUCUCUUCACCUGAAAAAUUGUGAAUAUUGUCGGAGCUUGCCACCAGUUUGGCAGCUACCUUCCUUGCAAACCCUAUCUAUCAUUGGGUUUGACGGAAUUAUUACGGUAGGUCCAGAGUUUUAUGGCACUGGUUCUUCUUCACCAUUUGAAGCCUUGAAAGUUCUAAGGUUCGAGAAUAUGUUGAACUGGGAGAAGUGGUGUCCUUUCUGUGUUGAAAAUGAAGGUGCAGCUUUUCCUCAUCUUGGCGAGCUCUAUAUUAUCAACUGUCCAAAGCUUACAGGAAGUUUGCCGGUUCACCUUCCUUCUUUGGCCAAAAUUGUAAUUUCAGAAUGUUACCAGCUGGUGGCUGAGAGACUGUUGAGCUCCAAUAGUUGUCUUCAAGAGUUAGAGAUCUGUGAUUGUUCCUCACUUUUGUCUCUUCCCACGGGUGGUCUGCCCUCUACAUUAAAACAACUUGUGUUCAGGAAUUGUAGGAAGUUUGAGCUCGCAGCACACCUAGAUCAUUCAUUCCUUGAAGAGUUGAGGCUAUAUUGUUGUGAUUCUCUGGAGUACUUUCCAUUAGAUGUAAUCCCAAAUGUUAAGAGAAUCAGAAUCGAGGAGUGUAGAAAUUUUAAAUCACUUGCAGUUCUAGAACAAAGUGAACAUGAUCUAGUAGCCUUGUCGUCAAUUGAAAUCGUCGAUUGUCCAAAAUUCGGAUCUUUUCCAGAAGGAGGAUUGCGAGCCCCCAAUCUUACAUGGUGUUUCCUUGUCGGUGGGUGUCUGAGGUCACUUCCAGACAAGAUGCAUACACUCCUUUCGUCUCUUACGGUUUUGGUAAUACUAAAUUGUCAAGAAAUCGAGUCGUUUCCUGAAGGGGGCUUGCCUUCCAGUCUUAAGGAACUUGUCAUCAGAAAUUGUGAAAAACUCGCUGCCAAUCGGAUGGGAUGGGGUUUGCAAAAUUGUUCUUCCCUUGCAAGAUUUGGAUUCGAGGGCAAAUCAGAAAAUGUUGUGUCUUUUCCAGAGGCAAGUUUGCUUCCCGCAAGUCUGACCAUUCUUUUUAUCAGUGGUUUUCCAAAUUUGAAAUCGUUGGACAAGAAUGGGAUUCAAUAUCUCACCUCUCUUGAUUGGUUAAUCAUCAAUGCCUGUCCUAAGCUGAAGAGCGUGUCAGAAGAGGGGCUGCCCCCCUCGAUUUCUCUUCUUUUUAUUACAAACUGCCCUUUGUUGAACAAACAGUGGCAAAAGAGAAAAGGAAAAGAAUGGCGCAAGAUUGCUCACGUCCCCUACAAACUUGUUGACGGAGAUAUAAUGGACUGAACCAAAAAGUCUAGCAAAACAUUUGUCAAUCUCAGUUAUAAUAUCAACUUUCUACACGAGUGAGCUCAUUCGGAAGCUCGAAAAUGGUACAAAAAUCCUGUUGGGGCGUUUCGGAGUCAAAUCUGAAUAACUCAGGUAGUGGCUGAGAAGAAACAAUUAAUUUGGUUCCAAAUCGACGGUUGUCACCAUUUCUCGUCAGAGGGACCAGAGUAUGAAUGUUAAGAUUUCGAUUACUGAGAGACAAGGGACUACUUUGUUCUGUUUCUCAUUGUACUGACAUUAGCGAAAAACUGGGUCGGCAGGCACACCUCUUUAGAGUUAACCGAGGGCAACUGCACUUGAAAUGCCCAUAACUUUGAAGACACGAGACAUGAUCAAUAUGAGCAGGAGAAGUAAAUUGACAGUUGAAAUUACCAACAAUGAAAAGCAAGAAAGGAUCAAUGGAUCAGUUCGCCAAAUUUGAAAUCGUUAGACAAGAAUGGACUUCAAUAGCUCACCUCUCCUGAUUUCUUAGAGAUCUAUGGCUGCCCUAUGCUGAAGAGCAUUUCAGAAGGGGGGCUGCCCCCCUCAAUCUCUGUUCUUAAUUUGCAAGGUAUUUGGGUUGCUUGUUAGGCAGUGGCAUGAACCUUUUAGUGUGGAUCAGUAGGAGCAUUUCUUUUCCUAUAUAUUAUUUUAGUAAAUGUGAAUCAGUGUUUUCACAACCCAUAUCAGAGCACUUUGUAAUCCAAAAGCAAAUAAAUCUCAUAAAAAUCAUUCCUUAAA